CUUCCCCCCCCCCCCUCCCCUCCUUCUCUGCGCGUGGACCCCUGUUGACUUGAGCCUGUGUGUAAGUGUGUCUGUCUGUCUGCCAGGCACUGCUGCACAGGCGCAUUCACCAAUUUCGCAAACCCUACGCAUAUUUAGGGUUUAGCUGGGCACGUCAGCCGCAGCCCGGCCCCCCUGCAAUGGGAGAAAGCCUCCGCCGUAGCGAUCGGCAAAAUGCGAGCUUAGACUUGUGCAAGGAGAGUUCCCUUUCCGAAGGCCAAUCGGCGCAUAGCAAAGUCCUCAGCGAUUCACCCGAGGCAUGGCAAUUGUCGAGGGAAAUCCUUUCACACCCGAAUGAGCCUCCGGGUCUUGGCGCAACGCAACACGGCCAUCUCGACCUGCACACACAGACAGGCACAGACACAGAGAGAGAUGUCAGCUUAUUUGAUCUUCUGGCUGCUCCUGGCUGGCUGCGCCUGUGGCCUUCCUGUGAGCCUCUCUGUUGCUGAUCUGUGCGUUUGGUGCCGUCGGCGUCGUAACACGCACAAGCAGAUCGGCACCGCACAAGCAGCUGAGGUGAGGCAAUCAAUGCACACGGACGGACACCUGUUCGUUCGCCCGUCUGAUGUGUGUUAUUGUGUGUGUUGCGUGUAUUGUGGUGUGCAGAAGCGGCUGGUGGGCGAGAUCGCCGGCAGUGGACUGAUCUUCAAGGACACCCUGAACGUGGAGGCGUGGAGCGAUCCAAAGGUCGAGGGCGUCACGAUUUACAUUGCCGACUUUGCAAGGCCCAUCACAGAGAGGUCUGGAUGCCGAGCUCAUGCCACUACAAGUGACAAAACGGUCCGUGUGUGUGUGUGAGUGUGUGUGUGCAGGAUUCAGAAGGACUUCUUCUCUGACCCGACAUCGGUGUCUCUGACAUGUGCACAAUCAGGCCCCGUCAAGUGAGGAUGGAAAGAAAGGGGCGACGUUCAUGGAAGCACAUCGGCACACUCUGUCUGUCUUGUGUUACCCAUCGGCCGGCCAUCGAAUCGCUUUCUGAAUGUCUGUCAGGAUAUCGCCGUAAGCCAGUCGGUCAAAGGUCGGCAGCGGACCUCAUGAAUCUGUUUGUAGAGCUACAUUAAUCCAUGUCACGUGUCUUUGGUGUUCUUUGGUCCUUCGUCACGUCAGGAGGGUGAGGAAGUCAUCUCUGAGCCGAGAAGGUCCAAAGGCAGAAACACAGAGAUCACACAGCUGGGUGAAGGGGUGUGUGUGUGUGUGUGUUCAGUUUGUGCUAUUCAAGAGCAUCAAGGUGAGGCGGCUGAUCGACGAGAAGUCCAACAACAUUAUAUACGUCGCAUACAGGUGAGGUGCCCCCUCGUCAAACCCUACACACCACACCACACGGACGAGUACAUGCAUCUCCCGCUCUGUGUGUGUGUCUCUUUUGUGCUCAGCACCCGAUUCGGUGACGAUGACUCUAACAAGAGUCGGUUCAAGUCGUCAAUAUGUGCCCUCUCCGUCAACGCACAGCAGCCGGUACGCUCACACACAUGGAUGGAUGGAUGGAGGCGGGCGACACCCAAUCCAUGGAUGUGCGACGGUCUGUGCGCGUGUGUGUGCAGGUGGCCCCAUCCCCGCAGUCAGUGGCAUUAUCCGCCCCAGCUGACCCCAAGAGCGGCCAGCCCAAGGGGGACUCAUGAAUGAGAGCACUCACUUGUCGGUCAGUGCAGUGGGCGGCGAGGCGUGUACGUGGCGGUGUACAUAUAUAAGAUACACAUCGGAGGGAGGAGAGGAUUGGUUGACAGAGUAAUCUGAGUGGCCUGCCGAAUGAAGCAAGUGGUUUGGAGGGAGGGUGUAGAAUAGCAGCGUCGUCAACUUGGAUGAAUGGAUGGAUGGAUGGAUGGAGAGGGUCUGCACACCACACCACGACCGCAGGACAACACAGCGCACAGACAGCACGGCAAACAUGCAUGCGAUGACUAUGCGAUGACCCCCAUAAUGUUGUGGGUGAAUGAAUGACAA